GUUAUUUUCUGUCUCUUGUAUUAGACGGUUACUCUUUCCAUAAUAAACGAUGGAAGUUCUCUGCGGAUAUUCCAUCAGCAUAACGGAGAAUGCUCUGAUCGGUUCGCAUCCUUUCUGUGUCUUUGUGCCAAUGUAUAAUGCUUGAAUACAUCGGAGGAUUGGGUCCCGGUCACGAUGGCCAAAGCCCAAUUGGAUACCAUCGGCUGUUACCAGUACAAUUCCCGGGAUAUGAUCGGCCAUGGAGCAUUUGCCGUCGUAUUCAGAGGGAAACAUGUGGAUAAUCCACAUGAUAUCGUGGCAAUCAAAUGCAUUCAAAAGAAGAACAUCGCCAAGUCAAAAAGUUUACUGGAGAAGGAAAUCCGAAUCCUCAGCCACCUAACAGCGGUGAAGCAUGAAAAUAUUGUAGCCCUAUUGGACUACAAGGAAACGUCACAAUGUGUAUACCUUGUUAUGGAAUACUGCAACGGAGGAGAUCUCGGAGAUUACUUGCAAUUGAACGGUACUUUAAGCGAGGAAGUCAUCAAACUUUUUCUGCGCCAGUUGGCCCUUGCUAUGAAGGCCCUGAAUGCAAAAGGCAUUGUGCAUCGGGAUCUCAAACCACAAAAUAUCCUUUUGUCUGCUCCAAGUCCAACUCCUGGAGGUGAACCCGAAAGAAACCCACCGCCACACAAAAUAUUGUUGAAAAUUGCUGACUUCGGAUUUGCAAGAUUUCUUCAGGAUGGUGUUAUGGCUGCUACACUGUGUGGUUCGCCGAUGUAUAUGGCUCCUGAAGUUAUCAUGUCACUUCCGUAUGAUAGCAAAGCGGACCUAUGGUCGCUUGGUACCAUUAUUUACCAAUGUUUGGUCGGAAAGGCGCCUUUUCAAGCCACAUCACCUCCAGCCCUGAAGCAGUUUUACGAGAAAAGUCCAAACUUGAAGCCUAAGCUUCCACCUAAAACAUCUCCGGAACUGAAAGAUCUGCUUAUGAGAAUGUUACGAAGAGACGCAAAAGACCGCAUGGACUUCGACGAGCUGUUACGUCACAGUUUUCUGUGCGACGAUGCCAAAAUUUCGUCUCCUUGGCUUUUUGAGAAAAACGUCCAACCGCCCUUUUGCAAUCCUUCGGGAACUCCAAGCAAUGUCGACUUACGAGACGCAUCACCGCCUCGCGGACUCGAAGAAGAAGUGGUGGACGAUUUCGUGAUAGUGCCGGACAACUUACCAUCUACAACCGCCGGGUCAGUCAGGCGAAGAGUGACGAGUGAAUCCCCGCCGUCUGACAAGUCUUCGAAGGCCUCGAGACCAACUUCGGAGCCGAUUCCUGUUCCGUCGCAAAAAGCUGCGUAUGAGCAAAUUCAGUCGAGUCUGCAGAACAGCGAAAGCAGCAUGAGCCAUUGCGGCAGUCCGAAACCGAAAGCAACGGUUGGGUCGUUGCCAUCACCUCAGAAAACAUCUGUACGCGGUAGAUCUAUCAGUUCACCGUCACCGCCAAUAUUUUCGAAGGUUGGAGAAUCGAAAACAUCUCCCAUUGCCAUGAGACGAGUGGCAAGCACGGAUCUGUAUGAAGACGUUGCAUCGUUGUCGCCACCGUCGGUGCAAUUUACUGUCGGCACCCCUCCCAAAGGGAGAACCAGCAGUGCUGGGAUUUAUGGUUCAAAUUCGUCACUGAAUCGUAUGUUUGGAACAUCUCCGCCUCAAGGCACAUUCCUCGCUUCUGGGGCUUGUGGCGGUCGUGCUAUCGUUCCGACAAGUCCCACGUCGCCUCUGCGUCGCUCUGGGGUAUCGCCGCCAAAUUGGCCUGAGCUUCUUCGUGGUAGUAACCAGAUGCGCGGAUUUUUUGCGGGACAUCCAUCCGGAGAUCAUUCGCCACAUCGUGCCCAGACUUUGCCAGAUUUCAACCAAGGGCGUAAUUAUUUGGGUGCUUAUCAGACGGAUUACAUUUCGCAAGAACUCAUGUUCCCUGGUGAUGCCGGGGGUAGGAUCGUGCUGGGCUCGGUGCCGUGUCGUCGCCGCAGUUGCGGCGUGAUCACUGCCUCUCCAGACAGCGGUUAUUCACCCACGCGUCACAUGUCUGCCGGGGACAUGUGCUCCCCACCUGACUUCCGAGGCGUCAUGUUCUCUGCGCCGGAGUUACCCGAGGAUACUUUGCUGGAGCGCGAGCAUAACGAGACUCUGGCCAGACUGCAACUCGUUCUCGCGCUGGCAGAUUGCGUUAUUGAACUGGGGGAAGAAACAAAGGCACCGGCUGCUCUGAUGACCAAUAGUGUGUUGCAUGCUGCCGGAGGAGGUGGUCAGCAGUCGCCGACGAAGCCGUGGGGCAAGCCUGGACGUCUCUCGCCGUUGUCGCCGACUGAAGGAGACUUCGGGAUGCACGAGAAGCUGGAGACUGUUAGGGAAGAGAAGAACGUGAUUGAGGGCGCCGCAUCUGGCGGUGCGGACGAAGAUAACGAAGGAUCUGGAGGAUGCGUAGAAGGAGCUCGAGGCGGCUCGGGACGCCGCCGUGACGAAGAAUUCCUGGAGGAGCGUCCGGUGUCGGAAUUGGAGCAGACGGCCCAGCGUCUGGCGUUGCUGCUGAAGGCGUGUCGGUUGCUGGCGGCUGCUCUUCACUUGGCGCGUGACGAGAUGACGGCGAGGCGGCUGCAGUCGUCGUCGGCAGUGCGUCAAGUCGUGUCGGAUCUUCAUAUGCGAUUCCAGUCGUGUCUGGCGAAAGUGCACAAAGUGUACGACGCCGGGCCGCAUUCCCGUGACGAGCUUCAUCAGUGCUUGGGCCUCAUUUCCGCUGACAAGCUACUAUACCAGCACGCCAUUCAAAUGUGUCAAGCGGCGGCGUUGGACGAGCUGGUGGGCGUGAGCCACAAAAGCUGCUUGAAGUAUCAAACCGCGCAGAUCCUGCUUCAUUGUUUGGCGCAGACUGCUAAGCACCCCCGCGACAGAGAACUCCUGAAUCAUUACAAGCGCAGCGUGGAGAAACGCCUGUUGUUGCUACAGCAACAGGGCUUCGUCCUUGCCGUGAACCAAUCCUCGGUUGAAUUGAAUCUUCUUUUCGUCGUCAAAAUGAUGAAUGAAAGUGUUGAAGUGGAUGCGGAAAAAUGUGAAGAUGCUGCCGAAGCCGCAUUGGAAAAUGUUUCCAUAUCUCCGGUUGUUGGGCACAAGCCGCCGCUUCUGGAAUUCGCUUCGGUGAAUAUCGUGGACACGGAAAGACGCAUGACGGAGUCGCUCAGCUUGAAGGACUAUUACAUGGUGUUCCUGAUUGAAACCAAGAAAAUCAAGGAUGGAUUUUCCCCUGUUGCUGAUGCUACGUGUCAAGUGCGGCAGAUGGCGCAGUUUUCAUCCGUUUGGCGCCGCUACAGAGAGUUUGAAUGGCUUCGAUUUUAUCUAGAAUCGCGACAUCCGGAAAUCUUGAUGCCCCCGCUGCCGGAAAAACGAGCUACGUUUCCAUGGACAAUGACGCCUGGAGAUAAUUUCGAUGCCGGGUUCGUGGAGCGAAGGCGUCUUGCCUUGGAGGGAUUCCUUCUGAGGAUCGGAAAUCAUGCGAAAUUGUCAAACGAUCCAGGAUUCCUCGCAUUCCUGCAAGAUGAUGCUUUGGAUACUAGUGGUCUGGACCUUUGGGAAAAGGCUGAUGCGAAAUUUCGAAACUUGAAUGCUUCCCUACGAGUUCACGGAUCUUCCAAACCGUUUGAGGAACUUCGAAACUAUGCCAGUGACUUGAGCAGCAAUCUGGAAACAAUUCUGGAUAAGAGAGCAAAGCUCGCGGAACGUACUUUCGGAAUCCACAAGUUGCACGGGAAUUACGGGAGAGUUUUCUCGGAGUGGAGCGGUAUUGAAAAACAAUUGGGCGAUUCUUUCCAGACGAUGGGCCAUCACAUGGACAACUACGCAUCCUGGAUUGAAUCUUGUUUGGAGGAAGAAGAGAGCGUCUGUGAUCUCAUAAAAGAAUAUUAUUUUUACGCGGAUUCUUUGAAGUCUAUGUGUGACAAACAUGACGUUGCGCGCUUUGAAGUAGAGCGGUCUGAGGAGUGCAGACUGAGCAAAAAUCGUGACAGAGAAGCCGUUGCUUCGGGGAAGAACCCCAACAGCUUUCUGUCUCGAUUCUUACUCGGAACUGGUUACACGGAAGAAGAGAAAGAGUCGCGGUUACAGCAGCUGGAUCAAGACAUUGAAGAAGCGACGACUCGGAAAGAGUUCGCCGUGGAAAAUCUGAAAAAAUUUGAGGAAAUCUCAGCUGAGGAAUUGGCGGCUUUCAAACUUCAGAAGGACAAGGAUCUGAAUGCCGCGCUUAUUCAGUAUGCGAAAGUACAACUCGACAUAGCCAAAAAGGGGCUGAAAACAUGGUUGCACAUACAGGAGACGUUGGAAAAAGCUUGAAGAAUUUCCUUUGUUCGAAUCAAUGUCCCGUAUGGAGCGAAAAAAACAUUUUAAAGUCUGUUCGUGUCUUUCCGUGGUUUCCUUGUGCCGUAAUUGUUGAUCAAACUUCGGUAACGUGGAUUCAAGCGUCCCUAAAAAGAAAGUUUUGUGUUGCGAGGGAAAAAAAAGAUGGCAGUAUGUUUCUGAAGACGGAAAGAAGGUGCAAGUGGAUCGUUGAAAUUGCUGUUUUCCUUGCUGAAAAGGAAACCUUGAACCUGUGUUGCGAAAUUUGGAAUCCGAAAUGAAUCGAGGAAAUUAAGCAA